AUGGUACAAAAUUCAUAUAUAUCAUUAACUGCUCACAUAAUAAACAACGAAUGGUUGCCAAAGUCAUUUACUUUAGCCACACAAGAGAUGGAAGAACGACAUACGGCUGUAAAUCUAGCAGAAAAAUUAACAAGUAUAUUAGAUGACUGGGAAAUUAAUGGUAAAGUUUCAACUGUUAUCACAGAUAAUGCAAAAAAUGUGGUAAAUGCUGUCAAAUUACUACCUCUUAAUAUAGACAAUGAAAACAUGGAUGUGACAUGCGCAGCUCACAGUCUACAAUUAGCCAUUAGUAUUGCACUAAAAGAUGAAAUAUUUUCAGAACUAAUAAAACAAUGCAGUUCUUUAGUUGGGCAUUUCAAACAUUCAAAUGUAGCUAAACAGUCAUUAUUUAAAAAACAAGAACAACUAGGAAUUCCUCAUAAGUCACUGGUUCAAUGUUGUAAGACACGAUGGAACUCAAUAUACUUAAUGUUAGACCGCCUUUUACAAAAUAGAACCGCAAUUUUAAAUGUAUUAACAGACAGAACCGUUACGUCUUUGUAUAUUGCUCAAAAAUUAGAAAUAACAGAAUCACAAUGGUUAAAAAUAGAAAUUCUCGUAAGUCUUCUGAAGCCACUUUUUAUUGUGACAAAUUUAUUUUGUUCUGAGAAUCAUUCACCAGCAUCGAUGGUUAGAUCAUUACUCGCACUGCAAUUAAUGGAAAAUCAUUUAAAAGAAAAAGAAAAUGAUGAUCAAAAUGUCACGUAUUUUAAACGUACAAUAAUACAUGAAAUUAAAGAAAAAUUUAAACUUGGCUGGACUGAAACAAGUUCCGUCUCUGUCAAACAAAUCGCGUCUUUUCUAGAUCCUCGGUAUAAAGAUUUAGAAUUUGAACCGAUUGGUGCAAGAGAAAAAAUUCGAACGGUUGUAAAGGAUUUACUUGAAAGAUUUAGAACCCAAAACAAUAAUUUGGAACAAGAACGACCAGUUCAAAGGAGCGAUCUCGAAUUUUUGUAUGGAAAUAUAAUUACAGACAGUAAUGACAGAAGUAUUCAAUUUCAAAAUUAUAUAGCUGAACCUCAAUUGAGAUUCGAUCUAAAUGCGCAUUUGAAUGGUGGAAAUUUAGAGAGAAUAAAUAUCCAGCUCUUGCAGAAUUAG